AUGCAGUGCUAUACGGAGCUGACGCCUCCUACGGCUGUCACCCACUCCAUUGUACUCCGGUUCACUUCAGCGCAAAGUCACAAUCUGGUAAUUGCCAGGGCUUCCCUUCUGCAGAUCUUCACGACAAAGUCAGUGUCGGCCGAGGUCGAUAACGCCCAAAAUGCCAGCCAGACACAGUCUUCGAAAGGAACAGAGCUUUACGACAGCCGAAUCAACGACGAUCACGGUCUCGAGACCUCCUUCCUGGGCGGAGACUCGAGGCUGCUGCGGUCCGAUAGGUCCAACUACACAAAACUAGUUCUCGUCGCAGAAUACCCUCUGUCCGGAACCGUGACUGGCCUCGCCCGUAUCAAGCGGCAAGGCUCCAAGUCUGGCGGAGAAGCUCUGCUGCUUGCGUUCCGAGAUGCGAAGCUAAGCACAGUAGAAUGGGACCCAGAGAAGAACACCAUAUAUAACACAUCAGUCCACUACUACGAGCAAGAUGAGCUGCAGAAGGUGCCGUGGGCGGCGCCACUGGGUGACUACGUCAACUACCUGGCGGCCGACCCCGGCAGCCGGUGUGCUGCACUCAAGUUCGGUGCUCGUAACUUGGCUAUCCUGCAGUUCAGCCAGGCUGAGGAAGAAGACAUAGAGAUGGAUGACUGGGAUGAAGACCUGGAUGGUCCUCGACCAGUCAAAGAGCUGGUAACCACAACUGUAAAUGGCACUAGCAGCAAUGAAGAUACACCAUAUUCGUCCUCAUUUGUACUGCGACUAUCCAAUCUAGAUCCCAGCCUGAUCCAUCCUGUGCAUCUUGCCUUUCUCCACGAGUAUAGAGAGCCCACAUUCGGCAUCCUCUCCUCGACCAUGGCCCCGUCUGCCCAACUGGGCCGUAAGGAUCAUCUCACAUAUAUGGUUUUCACUCUCGAUCUCAAGCAGAAAGCAUCCACCACUAUUCUGUCAGUCAAUGGCCUCCCACAAGAUCUAUUCCGCGUCAUAGCCUUGCCUGCACCAGUUGGAGGUGCUCUACUGGUUGGCACCAAUGAACUUAUCCAUAUCGACCAGUCGGGAAAAUCACACGGUGUUGCAGUCAACCCCUUUGCAAGACAGGCGACGUCUUUCGGACUUGUGGACCAGUCUGAGCUUGAGCUUAGACUAGAAGGCUGCGAGAUUGAGGUUCUCUCUGCCGAGAAUGGCGAACUGCUAGUUGUCCUGAACGAUGGACGACUCGCUUUGAUCUCCUUCAGGAUUGACGGGCGCACAGUAGCAGGUUUGAACGUCCGGGCAAUUUCUCCUGAAGCAGGAGGACACCUCGUAGCAGGUCCUGCAACGACUUUGACAAAGCUGACCAAGUCAAGUCUUUUCGUAGGAAGCGAAGAUGGCGACUCACUCGUUAUUGGGUGGUCACGAAAACAAGCCCAAACAUCCAGGCGAAAGAAUCGCGUGCAAGACACUUCUCUAGACUUGGAUGUUGACGAUGAGGACUUAGAGGAUAUGGACGAUGAUGACGAUCUAUACGCUGAUGAACCCGCUCCUGCUAAGCAGGCCGCAAUCAAGACUGAGGAAUCUGCUUCUAAGAGCGGAGAGCUAUUUUUCAAGAUCCAUGACAGACUAGUAAGCGUGGCGCCGAUAAGAGACAUCAGCUUAGGGCCAGGAACUGCAGCCACUGAGGAACAAGAAGACGCCAAGUCGAAGGCAGUUGCCAGCGAUCUAAGUCUUGUAUGUGCUGUUGGCAGGGGCACUACUGGCGCUCUGGCAGUCAUCAACCGUGAGAUACAACCGAACGUCAUUGGAGAGUUUGAAUUUCCAGAGGCCCGUGGCUUCUGGACAGUUGCAGCCCAGAAACCGGUACCCAAGUCGCUACAAGCUGAUAGAAGCACUGCUUCAAUGGGAGCCGAUUUUGAUGCCUCAGCACAAUAUGACAAAUUCAUGAUUGUGUCCAAGGUAGACUUGGACGGUUACGAGACCUCCGAUGUUUAUGCGUUGACAGGCGCUGGUUUUGAACACCUGGCUGGGACUGAAUUCGAACCCGCAGCCGGUUUUACCAUAGAAGCCGGUACUAUGGGGAGAAACAAGAGAAUCAUUCAAGUCCUCAAGGCAGAGGUGCGAUGCUAUGAUGGCGACUUUGGCCUAAGCCAAAUCGUGCCCAUGGUCGACGAAGAAACGGGAGCGGAGCCUAGAGUUGUCAACGCUAGCAUAGCUGAUCCCUUCCUCAUGCUUGUUAGGGAUGAUUCGAGCGUGUUUGUGGCCAAGAUGGACAAGAACCUUGAGUUGGAAGAGCUUGAGAAGGAAGACGAUUUCCUACUCUCCACCAAGUGGCUUACGGGAUGCUUGUACGAAGAUAGCACCGGCAUAUUUGCGAAGCUGCAAUCGGAUCGUGGUAUGGAACCAGGGGAGAGCAUCGUCAUGUUCCUUUUGAGUGGUAACGGUGCUCUACAUAUCUACACAUUACCCGAUCUCAGGCCGAUUUGUGUAGUGGAGGGAUUGCCAUUUGUGCCACCUGUACUCUCUGCUGGUUAUUCGGCCAGGAGAGGAAGUGCGAAGGAGACCGUCACAGAAAUCCUUGUUGCUGAUCUAGGGGACUCAACUUCAACUUCUCCCUAUUUAAUUGUACGCCACUCGAACGACGACUUGACUAUUUAUAAGCCAUUCAGAGUGGCAUCUGAAGAUUCAGCAGAGCUCGCGAAGUCUCUCCACUUUCAGAAGGUAACUAAUGACCGUCUGGCGAAAAGCUCUGCAGCUGUCGCAGAUGACGAGGCCGAACAACAGCCCAUGGCAAUGCCCUUGAGGAAAUGUGCCAACCUUGGAGGCUACCAGACAGUUUUCCUCCCUGGUGCGUCGCCUAGUUUUAUUAUCAAAUCGUCAAAGACAAUUCCCAGGGUGGUCGGCUUGCAAGGUGAUGGUAUUCGCACCUUGAGCUCUUUCCAUACCGAGGGCUGCGAACGAGGAUUUAUUUACGCAGAUUCGCAAGGCAUUGCCAGAGUCUGUCAAAUACCAGUUGGCGACACAACGUAUGCUGAGAUUGGCAUGUCUUUAAGAAAACUGCCUCUUCGUAUCGAUGCCAGCUCAGUCGCUUUCCAUCCACCAUCGACCACAUAUGUCAUCGGCUGUGACGCAAAAGAACCAUUCGAGCUCCCGAAAGAGGACGAUUAUCAUAAGGAAUGGCAAAACGAAAAGGACUUGCCUUUUAAACCGAUGGUAGAACGGGGCGUUCUACAAUUAGUGAACCCCACAAACUGGACCGUUAUCGACACUGUCGAAAUGGAACCAUGCGAAACCAUCAUGUGCGUUAAAACCUUAAAUCUGGAAGUUUCCGAAUCGACACACGAGCGCAAGCAGCUCGUGGUCGCGGGCACGGCUAUAUCUAAGGGAGAAGACUUGCCAAUCAAAGGACGGAUAAUUGUCUAUGAUGUGGUCACAGUUAUUCCAGAACCAGGACGACCGGAGACCAAUAAACGUCUCAAAGUAGUGGCCAAGGAGGAUAUUCCUCGUGGCGCCGUCACAGCUCUCUCUGAGAUUGGUACCCAAGGACUUAUGCUUGUCGCGCAGGGGCAGAAAUGCAUGGUACGUGGCCUCAAAGAGGACGGCAGUCUACUGCCGGUUGCUUUCAUGGAUAUGAGCUGCUACGUCACGGCAGUGCGUGAACUAAAGGGCACAGGCCUGUGUCUCCUGGCAGAUGCAGUGAAGGGUGUCUGGUUUACCGGUUAUACCGAAGAACCAUAUAAGAUGAUCUUGUAUGGCAAGAGCGCAACAACUCUCGAGGUACUAACUGCAGAUUUCUUGCCUGACGGGCAUGAGCUUUCCAUUGUAACAUGCGACUCUGACGGUGGCAUCCAUAUCCUGCAGUUUGAUCCUGAUCAUCCAAAAUCCCUAGGCGGCCAUCUCCUCUUACAUCGUACCAGUUUUUCAGCUGGUGCCCACAUGCCAUCUCGCAGUAUUCUACUUCCGAGGACACUCCCUCCUGGUCAUGAGUUUCUUGUUGGACUCAACGAGACUGGUGAUAGCCAGAAUGGUGCCGGCACUUAUCCUGCGCCACCCCAGACCCUUCUGCUAGCCUCACACACAGGCAUGCUCGCCACUCUCACGCCACUCACUGAGCAGGAAUACCGUCGUCUUUCUUCUCUCGCAUCUCAGCUCGUAUCGAAUCUCCCGCACUUUGGCGGUCUAAAUCCCAAGGCUUACCGCGCACCUGUUACGUCCGGUGCGAUCGGUCGGCAACCGCCGGCGGUCGAUGCUGGUGUCGGUAGGAGCAUCGUCGAUGGUGCCAUGCUGAGCAGAUGGAACGAGCUUGGCGCCGGGCGUAGGGCCGAGAUCGCAGGCCGUGUAGGGUUCGCGGGUGCGGAUGAGGUGAGAGCUACACUCGAGGGCUUAGUCGCUGGAAACGGUUUGGCAUAUCUUUAGGUUUCAGGAGCCGGAGCUCUUAAGACCAGGCAAUCCUUAUGGAUAGUCAAGACCUAAAUUAAGCACGAAGUCGCUAGAUGCCUAGGUUUUGAAAGCGUGGACAGCUGGUACUUUUUGUCGUGUAUUGUUAGUUCCUAGGAGUCGUGGCUUUUGACCAAAAGAUCUUGAUUAUUAGAGAGCAUGCGUGUGAAGAGAUCACCUACAUACGG